AUGCGCGCAGACAUGCGACAUUUCACACCUGAGUACAAUGAAGGAUCUGGCAGUCCACCCAAGAAGGAUCCAGAUAAAGCUCUGAGGUGUGAAUCCGAUUCCAAUCGUGGUGGUGAAACGCCUAAACACGUUAGGACGCCGUCCACCGCAUCCGAGUCCAAUGACGGUUAUGUUGAACCGCCCACAAAAGAUCCUGAUAAGGAUGCCAACACGAUCGAGUAUUCGGGCAAUGGCCUUGUCCGCAGACACGAGUCUAAGGUGACUCCAGAGGCCAAAUAUAUACGAGAUGCCAAGCUCCACAGUGGCACACUUGAAAUGCCGGAAGGCACCUAUGUCAUUUGCGAUGAUGAGAUCGCCCUGUUCGAAGUCAAUGGCGAGUCUGAACCAAGCAGAAAGUCGAACAUUGCACGAGUCCUGGACUCAGCCAAGAGGACAGUUUCCGUGCUUGAGACGCCAGAGGGCAUCUAUGUCAUCCACGGUGGCCUUGUGAUUCUUUUUGAAGUUGCCCAAGCCGCGGAGCGCGAAAUCCAGUUCAGACCCAGCCUAGCGCAAGAUGGGACCGAGUUCAAGGCUAAAUCAGAGCCAAAGUCCCUCAGCCUCAGCGAUGAGCUUAGUUCGAUGCCGAUUUCAGUCACUCUUACGCGCGAGUUGAAUAGAGAACAGGAUUAUGAUUUGAUCGACAAAGAUGCUAACAUACAUGAUGUAUUCGACGCAAUGAACGGCCCUACCUCCCGGAAUCUCGUUAGCGCUGGUCCUGGCAAUGGAGCACCCCAGCCCCCAAAGACCCCACGUUCCCCCGACCUAGUCGAUGACGGCUAUGAAUGCCGACCUGAGAAAGACCCCGACAAGGUCUCAAACAUGAAUAAACGUCCGGGAAAUGGCCCAGCCCGAGAACAAGAGUCAGAGGAGACUCCAGAGGUCAAAUGUUUGCGUGGUGUUGAGUCCCAAGGUGACACCCACAUACUCGCGAUGCCGGAGGGCAUCUUUUCUUUCCAAGCAUAA